AUGGAAACAGUUCUCAAGAACCUGCCAGCUCCUAAUUCUCUCACGGGACUUUUUGUGUAUACCUUUACUUUCUAUAUAAUUACCUUUGCAAUUGCUUGGUGCCUGCAGCCAAAAGGCUUUGAUCUGGAAAGCCAUCGAAAGAAAAUCAUCAAAGCAAGAGAAGAAAGAGAAGCCAAGGCCCAAAGACUUUUAGCAAAAAGAAAUGAAAACAAAGAUAAAUAA